UGUCUUCUGUUUAACGAUAACACUGUGCGGUACUGACUGAUAGCUUGAAAUCAUGAAUCCUUUGAGAAUUGUUUGUGUGGCUGCUUUGUUAUUGGCGGCAGGUUCAGCUAAUGGAAAUCUUUCUGGUCUUAACAAGUUGAGACCAUCCCAAUGGCUAUCCUCAUCUCAACUUGAACAAACUCCCUCGAUCGAUGAAAUCAGUCUCCAAAAACUGGAAAGCAUGUCGGUGGAAAAGGGUGCUGAAUUAAUGCAAAAACUCUAUCACUUGUCUCAAAUAAAUAACGAUUUGAAACCCAGCUUUGUACCCAGCUCCAGUAAUGUGCCCUGCUACAUUGUUAAGCCUAAUGGCAAGAAGGUAUCCACCUCUUUGGACAAGUUGGCUUCAGCUUGCAAACAACAACCCAACUUUGGUGAGGAGGAAGUAACCAUUCUAAUCACUGGAUUACCCGCCACCACUGAAACUGUCAGAAAGGCCAAUCGUAAAUUGAUUGAUGCUUACCUCCAACGUUACAGCACCAAGAGACAACAACCCUCCAAGUUCGAUUAUUCUGGUGAGAAAAUGGCACGCACUUCCAGCGAAGAAGACUCUAACGAAUGGCAAAAUCAACAAGCCUCCUCAGGCAAUCUUGUGAUCAUUGAUUUGGGCAACGAAUUGAACAGUUUCAAACGUUUUAGCCUUUUGGAUGUUGAUGAAACUGGUGCCAUGAUUGCUUCCGCUAUUGUUGAGAUGACCGAGAAAUGCGAUGUUGCCGAUGAAACCAUCCAUGUUGUUGCUCAAGGUAUUGCUGCUCAUGUUGCUGGUGCCGCUGGUAAUGAAUUCACCCGCAAAACUGGUCGUCAAUUGAGACGCAUCACUGCCCUGGAUCCUUCCAAAAUUUUAGCCAAGAAUCCUCACUCUUUGACUGGUUUAUCUCGUGGUGAUGCCGAAUUUGUUGAUGCCAUUCACACCAAUGUCUAUGGUAUGGGUACCAUUCAACGUGUUGGUGAUAUUGAUUUCUAUCCUAAUGGUCCUUCGGCUGCCGUUCCUGGUGCUCAAAGUAUUGUUGAGGCUAGCAUGCGUGCUACCCGUUAUUUCGCUGAAUCUGUCCGUCCUGGCAAUGAACGUAACUUCCCAGCUGUUGCCGCCAACUCAUUGAAGGAGUACAAGAACAAUGAUGGUUUUGGCAAACGUGCUUAUAUGGGUAUUAAUGUUGAUUAUGAUUUGGAAGGUGAUUACAUUUUGGAAGUCAAUUCGAAGGGUCCUUUCGGUAAGAGAGCCCCUGUUCAAAAACAGAAUAGCUACCAUGGAGUCCACAAUUCCUUGAGAAAGAAGGACAAUAAUUAAGAUGUUUGGACUUUGAAAUGAACUGAUGAGAUUUUUGUGUUUGUAAUUUUUUAGUUUAGUGAAAAUAAAUGUUUUGCAAUUCUUUUAAAAAA